AUGGCUAAUCAUUCGGUGACUUACCCGAGGGGAAUUGUAGAAGACAUCCUUGUUAAAAUUGGGAAAUUUGUUUUCCCAGUUGACUUUGUGAUUAUGGAUAUGAAGGAGGAUAUUACUGUCCCAAUAAUACUUGGUUUCCCUCUACUUAAUACUGUUAGAGCUUUAGUUGAUGUUUGUGAAUCCAAGCUUACAUUGAGGGUUGGUGAUGAUGAGGAGACUUUUGGAAUACAAGAUGGUUUUCAAGGAAAAGAUGUAAAAGGUGAGGUGUUCAAAAUGGAUGAAUAUAAUGAUCUUGAAGAAUUAGAAAAUCUCACGGAGGAAGAAUUCAAGACAAUUCAUCAACUCAAACGCACCAAACCGAGAGCAUCUGUCCCGUUUUUUGUUGAAGUCAUUACUUACACAAAACCAACAACUUUUAUGAGUGAGGAAAGCGAUGAUUUGUCGAGUGAUGAAGACGAGGCUACUUCCAAGGAGACGAGUCCAGUGGUAAAGGAAGAAAAGGAUACUAGGGAGCUUAAAAAAAGUGAAGAAAAAUUGGAGACUAAAGGGAUCAAACGCAAGAUCGAUGGAGACGAGACCAAAGCUAAAAAGGAGCAUUCAAAGAAGGCGUACAUUCGACGUGUCCAAGCUUACAAGAGGCGAUGGAAAGAACAGAAAAUUCAGGUGGUGAUGGACUCCUCUGAUAGCUCAACGUAG